AUGCAGCCGGGGCAGCCGCAAGACCCCCCACCAGACGACCUCAUGGGAGGCCACGCCAACUAUGCUAUGCCCGCUCCUCGCGAGGACCAGCAGGCGGCCGAAGUGGACGACUACUUGGAGGGGCACCCGCGUUACAAGCAGAUACGGUUCCUCAACAGGGGUGCGUAUGGGUUUGUGAUUCUGGCUCUUGACAAUCAGACCGGCGAGCAGGUGGCUUUGAAGUUCAUCAAGCGGGGCCCGCAGCACAUCACCAAGUAUGUUGAUAGAGAGGUGUUCCUGACAAAAACACACCUGGUGCUGGCAAUGGAGUAUGCGGCGGGCGGCGACCUGUUCCGCUACGUGUCGGCGCGGCGGGGGCUGCCUGAGGACGAGGCACGCUGGUUUUUUCAGCAGCUCAUGGUAGCAGUGGACUACUGCCACCGCAUGGGAGUAACGAGCCGGGACAUCAAGUUGGAGAACACGCUGUUGGAUGGCGGCCAGUGGCCGCUGAUCAAGCUGGCUGAUUUUGGGUUCAGCAAGGAUCCCAAGCAGCAGAGCGAGGCCAAGACGCGGGUGGGCACGCCCGCCUACCUGGCACCGGAGGUGAUUGCGGCGCAGCCGGGCAAGAGCUAUGAUGCACAGAAAGUGGACAUUUGGUCCUGCGGUGUACUGCUCUAUGUGAUGGUGGUUGGACGGUAUCCAUUUGGGAUGCCAAGCGAUGCAGCGCUGGACCCCAUGCGCCGGCUGUCUCGCAUGAUGGAACGCACCAUGAAGGCGGAGUUCUCCUUCCCACCAGACAAGCCGCUGAGUGAUGGCGUGAAGGACCUGAUCAGCCGCAUCUUGGUGCAGGACCCAGCACUGCGCCCCUCGCUGCAUGAUAUCCAGGCGCAUCCCUGGUUCAUGCAGGGCCUGGAGCCAGGCGCACUGAAUUUUAACGACGCCAUUGUGCAGGAGAGCCUGGCGAACCAGCCUACGGCGGAGAUGCUGGCCGAGGUGCACUCAAUUGUGGAGGAGGCACUGCAAGAGGUGCCUUCGCUGACGGGUUUGGGGCAGCAGCCGAACGGGCCGGACCAACUGCAGCAGUCAGGUGGCGAGGAUGGGGGACCGCACCUGAUGAUGGAGAGCGAAGAGUUGAGCAGCUACCUCACAAGCUCUCUCAGUCCACGCCGAAUGCAAAUGUAA